AUGCCUGCUGGUCCUGGACAAAUCAUAUGGGAUGUUGCAGUUGAAGAAGUUACAAAUAGAACAGAUUCAACUCAUGUAGCUAAACAAUCAACAAUUCUAAUCACUGGAGCAAAAAACUGUGGAAAAUCUUCCCUAUUGCCACAGUAUUUGAAUCAAGAUGAUGUUCCCAAACCGACAGUGGCCUUGGAUUACACUUAUGCACAUGUUGGCCGGGCUAACAAAAUGGUGAAAGAUAUUGGCCAUUACUGGGAAUUGGGAGGAGGCAUUUGGUUGUCGCAGUUAAUGGAAAUUGCUAUAAAACCUGAAACAAUUGACUCUUUGACUCUGGUCAUCAUGGUCGACUUGUCUGUGCCAAGUGAAAUCUGGAUAACGAUUAAAACCUUACUUGCUUCAGCCCAAAAUUGCAUCAGUUCAGUUGUUAAACAAAUGCGACAACAAAAUCCUAAAAUCUUGGAAGAGUUGAAGAAAUCUGCCUGGGAACGUAUUGGUAAAGACCAUGAAGACAGAGACACCGUGGAACCCUUUCUUGUGCCUCUCAUCAUCAUUGGUGGGAAAUACGACAAAUUUCAGAAUUUUGAUCCUGAGCAGAGAAAAAUAAUUUGCAAGACAUUAAGGUUUUUAGCCCAUUAUUAUGGAGGCACUUUACAGUUUUUCAGCACUAAAGAUAAAUCCCUUGGCAAAAGAGUGGAGGCCUUAAAGAAUUACCAUUUAUUUGGAAUUCCUUUGCCCAAAUUGCAUCAAGUGGACCAUAAUAAACCGUUAUCAAUCCCAGUUGGGAUGGACUCCCUAAAGAUCAUUGGUGACCUCAAAGUAGAUGAACGACAAAUAAAAGCAUUACAGAACAAAUGUCCACUUGAACGUUGGGAAUAUGCAUAUACAAAGUAUUUCCCCCAAGAGAAAUCUGCAGAUCCUCAAACAGCGGCCGAUCCUUCCAAAGAUUCUCAGUUCAAAGAGGCAGCCAUUGAUGCAUUGAAAGCCCAAAAAGAUGAGGAACUACAGCAACAUAUUCAACAGACGUCUCGAAGUGCUGAACGUGCUGUGAACAAAUUAAUUGAGCGGCUAAGAGCCGUCGUCGCUGACGACGACGACCGGCAGUACACCACCACCACACCAGCAGCCAGGCGGCUCGGACGAGCUUCGCGGCGGGCGCACCUGCCUGCUUCAGCGUUGAAUCCGUUUCCCAGUCGCGUCAAGCGAGACUAUCGCAACGGGUUCAGCAGGCGCUGCCAGUGA